AUGCGAAGGCACCCGCAUUCCGUGCGAACAUCUAAGGCGGCUGCUACAGGGCUAUGCGGAUUUGGGGAUUUAAGCUCCUCUGACAAGGUGUCCAUCCUGGCCAUCCUCCAGGUCCUCGGCGAUCUGCUCUCUGUCGGUACAGACCGGAGGAUCCAUUACAUGAUCAGCAAGGGCGGCAGCGAGGCCCUGCUGCGCACGCUGGUGGACACGGCGCGGACCCCGGCUCCCGACUAUGACAUCCUCCUGCCGCUCCUCCGGCUGCUGGCCAAAGUUGGCUUAAGAGAUAAAAAGUUUGGACAGAAAGCCCUGGACUUAGAAGCACUGGAUGUGACAUUGAUUCUGGCCAGGAAAAACCUGUCUGACAGCCACCACCUUCUUCACUGCCUCUGGGCUCUGCGUGUUUUUGCGUCCAGUGUAACCACGGCAGCCAUGCUAGGAAUUAAUGGAGCCAUGGAACUGCUUCUCAAGGUCAUUACGCCUUAUACACGAAGGCGUACCCGGACAGUCAGGGCAGCCACGGAAGUUUUGGCAUUGUUGCUGAAAUCCAAGUCCAACAGCCGCCGGGCGGUGAACAGAGGCUACGUGGCCAGCUUGCUCAGGCUCCAUCAGGACUGGCACAGCCACGACAUGGAUGACACCUACGUGACCAUCCGCCGGGGACUUCUGCUCUGUCUCAAGCACAUCGCCACACUCCGGUCAGGCCGUGAGGCCUUCUCGGCAGCCCAGGGCCUGGAGACCCUCUUCAGUAUGGCACAGAGCUACCUGGACCACGAGAGUGCAGAGCCUGCCAUCUCCGCCAUGUUUCAGAUCCUCCGGCAAUGUUAUCCAAGGAGUCCCCUGCCCCUGAACACAGCCAGGAGUGCCUAUACCUUCCUGGACACUGCUGACACCACCCCAGAACCUUUACACGCUCUCACUGAAGAGGAUUUUGAAGAUGAUGUUGAUGAGGAGGUGGACAAAGACUCGGAAUCGGAUCACUCGAAAGAGGAAGAUGAUGACUUAGAGACGGAUGUGGACAAGCUGAGUGCCAGACCUGGUCUCGACCGACCGGAAGAGGAACUGGUACAGUACGAGGCCAUGUGUCCGGAGCUCUCCUGUAGCUUUGAGGAACUGGAGUCUCAGCUGGGAUAUGAUUUGAACUCAGAAGACACCCACUAUACCGCCAAUCAUCGCCACAUUCCCACGGUUGCCUCCUCGGGCCAGUGUUGCUUCAAUAAGGACCAAAGCUCCUGGGGGCAAGAAAGGACGAAUCUGGCCUCAACUUCUCUCCUGAGCAGAGUGAAGAAGGGGAGAUUCAGUGGCCAUCUCUCCUCCAAAAGAAGACCUUCCAUGAACGUGUCCCCAAGCAUGCAAACCAAUGGCGCUGGGACAGAUCCUUCUGGAGACAAUGCCUCCGGCACCCAGACCUUUGUGGAAGAGGAUGCUUGGAACAGGGAAGCAAUUUCUUGUCCGAGGAUAAGCGACUUCUUCCCCAACUCCACAAAGUCUGGAGAAACUGCUGGAGUCAUGGAAAAGCUCCUGCACACACACCACAAGCCUAUCCCUUUCCACGACCCUCGUGCGUAUACGGCCAAAGCCCAAAGAACCAAAUCUGCAGUGGGCUUCGGGAAGAUGGCUUUUCCUGACCUCUGGGGACACUGCCCCCCUUCCUCUGCCCAGCCCAUGCUGGAACGGAAACGGGGCAUCCAAAGGAUCAAGAUAUUAGAGGAUGUCCGGAGGCUUACCCAGCCAAAUGACAUUAUCAACAGAGUCGUCUUCAGUUUGGAUGAGCCUUGGCCUUUGCAAGACAUCACGUCCAAUCACUUAAGGUUCUUCUCCAAGUUUGAGUCAGGAAAUCUUCGCAAAGCCAUCCAAGUGCGUGAGUUCGAGUACGACUUGCUGAUCAAUGCUGACGUGAACAGCUCCGAGCACCAGCAGUGGUUCUACUUCAAGGUGAGCGGCAUGAGGGCCGCAGUGCCUUACCGCUUCAACAUCAUCAACUGCGAGAAGUUCAACAGCCAGUUCAAUUAUGGGAUGCAGCCCACCCUGUAUUCCGUGAAGGAAGCUCUUCUUGGCAGAGCCUGCUGGAUACGGACAGGUGAUGAAAUCUGCUACUACAAGAAUCAUUAUUGCGAGCACACAGCCGCAGCCGGGGAAGCGGGUGCGAAGCGCUAUUACACCCUCACCUUCUCCGUCACCUUCCCACACAGUGAGGACGACUGCUACCUGGCUUACCACUAUCCCUACACCUACACUGCCCUCAUGACUCACCUUGAUAUCUUGGGGAAGAGCAUUGAUCCCCAGCAAGUGUACUUCCGGAAAGAUGUUCUCUGCCGCACCUUGGGUGGAAACCCCUGUCCUUUGGUGACCAUCACGGCCAUGCCCGAGUCCAACAGUCCUGACCAGCUGGAACAGUUUCGUCAUCGCCCCUAUCAGGUGAUCACCGCCAGAGUUCACCCUGGAGAGAGCAAUGCCAGCUGGGUGGUGAAGGGGACCUUGGAGUUCCUGGUGAGCGAGGACCCAGUGGCGAAGCUCUUGAGGGAAAACUUCAUCUUCAAGAUCAUCCCCAUGCUCAACCCAGAUGGGGUCAUCCAUGGCAACCACCGGUGCUCACUGAGAGGGGAGGAUUUGAACAGACAGUGGCUCUCUCCUCAUGCACAUCUCCAGCCGACGAUUUACCACACCAAAGGACUCCUAUACUACUUGACCAGCAUUGGCCGGAGGCCCAUGGUCUUCUGUGACUUCCACGGCCACUCCCAGCGGAAGAACGUGUUUCUCUAUGGGUGCAGCGUGAAAGAGACGCUGUGGCAAGCGGGAUGCACUGUGGGGGCCUCCGGCCUCUUGGAGGACGUCAGCUACAGGACCCUCCCUAAGAUUCUCGAUAAGCUCGCGCCAGCCUUCACAAUGAGCAGCUGCAGUUUCUCCGUGGAGAAAUCUCGAGCCUCCACGGCCAGGGUGGUGGUGUGGAGAGAGAUGGGCGUGUCCAGGAGCUACACCAUGGAGACCAGCUAUUGUGGCUGUACCCAGGGCCCCUAUCAGGGUCUGCAGUUUGGUACCAGUGAACUACAGGAGAUGGGAGCCAUGUUCUGCUUGGGCCUCCUUAUCUUGGAACUCAAAUCUGUCAGCUGCAGUCAUCAGCUCCUGGCUCGGGCUGCAAUGCUGCUGAAUGGCGAGGAAGAUGCGCUGGACCAGCACCUCCAGAGAUGUGGCGGCAGCAGUGGCGGCGGCAGCAGCUCCUCAUCUGAGCUUGACGAUGAGCCACCAUGCUUGGAAGAGAUUGACUACAGUGCAGACAGCAGCUCAGAGCAGGAGGCCAGCCUCUCGGAGCUGGACAGGCAGAUUCAGGAGUGUGCCUUCCACAGGGAUGAGGAAGAGGAAGAAGAAGAGGCGACAGGGCAGACCAGAGCGGUGCCACUGUCUGGAGGCCCAUGAUGAACGGUGUCUCCAGCCACUGGGCUAGAGGCCACUGGGUAUGUGCAGCAGCAUCAGAUACACAGUGUGUACACAUUGAGAGUACACGAGGCUGACCUGUGGAAGCUCAGUCCCCCCACGUCCCGAUUUUGCUCCAGUUUCACUCUGCAAAAAGGGCACCUUCAUAAUCAUAGAAUUUACACCCACGGCUGUGAGGCCCUUGGCGCCAGAGCUAUGCAUGCUGCCCUGGUGCUCAUAGUGCACCUGAUUAUCUCAAGGAGCAAUGGUGAGCUCCGUCCCCUUUCCUGUAGACUGAGAGCAAGAGCCUCUCCCCCUAUUCAGAAUUCUAAGUGGUUACACAGGGUCUUCUAUGAUUGUUAUCUCUGCAUCUUCACAUGGGGUGUCCCCAAUACCAAUAAAGGGUCUUGCCAAGGC